AUGCAUCAAGUUAUCUCCAGCGCAGGAUAUGCUGGAGAAGGACGACUUGGACGUCGUGCUAACACAAACUUACUAAGUAGAAUAGCUACUGAAUUACCUCCUAUCCAUAUGUUUGCUUGUGGAUGGAAGCAUAACGUUUUUUUAACAAGAGAUCAUCAAAUAUACGUUUCAGGCGAAAAUAACGAAGGUCAACUUGGUCCAGGCAUUGGAGCAUGCUUAGAACCAACGCUAUCUCUUCCAUUAUCCGAAUUAAAACCAAUUUGGGUUUCAUGUGGCGAUAAAAUUACAGCAAUUUUAACAGAAAACAAGACAGUUUUUGUUUGCGGCUUCGAAUGGGGCCCAGAUCCAGUCGAAUUAAUACCAGAAAGCUUAAAAUCAAUUAGUAUUGUUUAUGUAGUUUGCGGUGUUGACAAUAUUUUAGGAAUUAGCACUGAAGGCAAGCUUUACGUUUGGUACAAGAAAUCGAGAACGGCUAAACCAUGCCAAUGUCCCGAUAUUUUAUGCGAUGCAGCAGCAGGAAAGAACCAAAUCUUCGGAUUAUCAACAACUGGUAAUCUUUGGGUUAUGGGACACUCGAAAUCAUGCGGUAUGGGAAAGAAAUGGUCCUCAUUAGUCCUUCAAAAAGUCAAUUUUGCAAAUGGAUUAACAAUCAAAAGAAUUUUCGCAUAUUCAUUACUCUCAAUCGCCAUAGAUGUUCGUGGCCGUGUUUAUGUUGCCGGAACAAGCAAUUUUGGCGAACUCGGAAUUCCAAAUGUCAAAAAAUCAAAUACAUUCGUUCAUUUAGCAUCAAUGGAUGAACAUCCAGUUUUAAUGGCUACGAUUGGUGAUACAUUUGUCGCAUACAUCACAGAAAAGUACGAAUUAUAUACUUGCGGAGAUGGCGACGCCUACAGACUCUGCAACACAUCCAUCGACAAAGUUACGACUCCUUCUCGAGCAACAGCAGCAGAAGGCCACAAAAUUAUGUGGGCUUGUGCCGGAUGCUCUCAUAUCAUAAUUGCAGAAGGAUUGGAGUGUUUCCCGGUACAUCCAGGUCGUGAAUACUUCAAACUCGAGCAGACAAUGAGAAUGAGACGCAAAAAAUUCUCACCGCAAUUAUUUGAAAUGGAAGCAAGCGACCAACCAAUAUCUGUUGACAUUUCCGAUAGAGGACUGAUAUGGUCAGGCUUCUUACCAGGCGAUAAAGUCGAAAUGGAAGGAAAAUCGUUCACAGUUGUCGGAUCUUAUUCAAAUGGAGUUAUUUUGAAGAACAACGAAGACAACAAGAACUCUAUUUACAUCGUUAAGUCUCUCCAUGAACUUUAUUCCAACGUAAAACUCAUUUCCAGGCCAAAUACAAAUUCUAUAUCUCCAAUGUUAACUCGCAGUGGCAUAAAUACACAAGUAGACACAUCUCCAGCCACUGUUAGAGCAUUUGGAUUCUAUCCAGGCGACAAAGUCCAAGACAAUUUCAAUUCUUUCGCAGAAGUUGUCGGAGUAUUCGGCGGAGCGUUAUGGUUCAAGUAUCCUGAAGAUAAUGGUUGUGUAACAGUCUCAGAACCGGAUGUCCGAUCCAUCCACAACCUCUUUAAAGUCGUAACUCCAAAAGAUAGAAAAAUUCAAUACAUGACGAUAAACGGAAACGAUUAUCCAGUUGAAUUAGAACCAUGCAGCAUUUUAGACGAGUUCAAUUUGAAGAUCAAUGAUCUUGUAUUGCAGAACACUUCUUAUUGCACGAUCAUUGGUUCUUUCGGUAUCAAUGUCGUCGUCAAAGAUCCGAUUGACAAAACAAUUAAUUUUGCUUUUCCUAAUGAAUUAAUGGUCGUCAGAAGGGAGUCAAAAGAUUCAAUCAAACAGACGUUCACGACAUUAUCUAAUAGUCUUGUAGAUGCUGAAGUGUCCUGCCUGGAAACAGACGAGUACAAGCCAAGAGACAGAGUUUUAACGAAAAAAGGUUUGGCGACAUUAAUCGGAAAAGUUGACAAAAAAUGGUAUUUAAUUACUGAUGAUGUUUUAGCGUUGGGAGGCGGUGUUGCUUCCACGGAAAGGCCGUUUUUGGGAUUGAUUAGAAGAAUAUCAGAUGAUCCAGUGAUUUUCGAUGGAAUCAAUGUUGCUUCAUCCGCUUUCCAAAAUACAAAUUUGAUCCCUGGAGAUGUAAUAAUUUUGGAAAAUGGUGAAAAAGUGACACUUGUUGGUUUACAUGAAGAAACUAAACAAGUUGUUGUAGAAACAAUGGCUAAUGAUAGAGAAGGAAAAUACAUUCCAAUAGAUAAUCUAAAGAAUGCAGAAAUAGUGUUUAGAGCUGAUUUACCUGCAAAAAGAAUGUAUUAUUCUAAAGUUGGAAAUGGUUUGUUUGUUUCUGUGUCUACGAAAGAUUUCGUUGGAUUAAGAUUCCUCCCUGAUGAUGUUGUGAAGACUCCAAUUGGAGUUGGACUCGUUAUUGGUAUAAGUGAGUCAGAUAUUUGCAUUCACAUCGAUAAAACAUCAGGAGUGUCGUUCUUCCCUCUCACUGAUAUUUACAAUAUAGAUGAGUUCCAAUUGAUAGAAAGAAGAGCUGUUAAAUCUGUUUUGAAUCAAUAA